AAUGAUGUGUGACUGACUGUCUAUGACAGUUAUAUUAUACAUUAUUGUUUUACACGCUUUAAGAACAAGAAGGCAGUUAUGUUUCAUUCUCAGCCCCCUUUUUAGAGGAAGAGUUGAAACAAAUUCAGGGUUAUGGGGUUGGUCUUCAUUCUAGGAAGGAUGGAUGGAUGAGUCUUCCACAGUGUCGUUUCUGCAGCAGUGGACCAACAGUGAUUCGACUUCGGUAAAUAGUGACUGGUGAAAGGGGUUGAACAGCGCUUUGCAUUCUGAGUGUAGAAGAUGGAACCACCAAACUCCGCUUCAACAUGCACCAGUUCCUCUUGAGGUUGCAUCAUCACAGGUGCAUCACUACUUAAAAAACAUUUGUGAGACCCCUGAAUCAUUUCUACAGUGGCCGUUUGAUGAUCUACAUUCAGAGGGAAAGUAACUUGAAGAACAUCAUGAGGCCUGCUGGUCUCAGCCCAGCGGUUGCACAGCUGGAACAGUGUGGCCUGGUUAACAGUGAUGAAAAGUACCUUUCCUCUUUAAAUCAAGCAAUUCACCUGGAAGGUCUGAAGAUGUGCAGCUUGUCUGAGUCACCUGUGUCGAUAAGAACAGAUGAUGUCGAUUUGGUCUGUUCCACAGAAAGUGCCAUUGUGUCGUAUUUCAGCGGGGUUAAGAGUGAUUCAUCCUGCAAUCACUCGGUUGGAGAUAACCUAUCACACGUUAGCGACCCAUUGUCCCCUUCCUUAUUCUGCUCUUCUCUUUCCAUGUCUUCUUUCAGUACCUUCUCUCCAUCCUUCUCUUCCCCUUCCUCCAGCCACUCAUCUGGCUCAAUGUCAGAGCUAUGUUUGACUUCUCCAUCUUUCUCAACUUUCUGCGGUCCACCUGAGGCCCAGGACCUUCUCUACAGUUUCACGCCACAGGAGAAAUCUCCACAAGGAUGUUUGUAUUCCAAGUCUCCUAAGCAAGAACCUCUUUGUAACAAGAAGCUUCUACACAAGGAAGAACUGCUUCAAUAUCUCUGCGCUGACUCGGACACAGCCAAGGAACAAACCCAGCACCGUAAUGCUGAAGAGCUUCCCACACAGCAGCAGUUCAAGAAUGGUUUGGCACUGAGUGGGAUGCCUAGAGUUGAUGGAAUGAAUGGACACCUGAGGGAAGAACAGCCAUGUAAAUGGAUGGAUUGUAGGGCUACCUAUGGACAGAAGGAAGAACUGGUGAGACACAUAGAGAAAGUUCACAUAGAUCAGCGAAAAGGGGAGGAAUUUACCUGCUUCUGGGGAGGAUGUGUCCGUCAGCACAAGCCCUUCAAUGCUCGAUACAAACUGCUCAUUCACAUGAGAGUCCAUUCUGGUGAGAAGCCCAAUAAAUGCACGUUUGAAGGCUGCAGUAAAGCAUUUUCCCGUCUGGAGAACCUGAAGAUCCACCUUCGCAGCCACACCGGAGAGAAGCCCUACAUAUGCCAGCAUCCCAGUUGUUUCAAGGCCUUCAGCAACUCUAGUGAUCGCGCCAAACACCAGCGCACACACCUGGACACGAAACCCUAUGCAUGUCAGCUCCCAGGAUGCACCAAACGUUACACCGACCCCAGCUCGUUGCGCAAACACGUCAAGGUCCACUCCACCAAAUCCCUGCAGGCACAGGACAAGGUCCAGCUAGGCAAUAAGGUGGAGCAGGAAGUUGUGGAUGUGCGCCUUGGCUUGCAGCAUCUCCAUGGCUCUACUCCUUCAGUACACAGCCCAAACUACAGGUGCCCCAGCUCCCUCACUAAGAUUCAUCAGGAAGGCUUUACUGCAUUCUCGGAAGAGGAUGAAUCGUGUAGCAGAGUCUUCUCUGGAACCUCCAGUGUAACUCUGGAGCACAGCAGCAUCAACCUUCAAAACCAUCUGCACAAUAACAAGCUCAAUCAGACAAGACUUUCUCCACUGGUUUGUGGAAUCAACCUCAGUGGUACCAAUGAGCUCCAGUUGGUCUCUGAGAAACACAGCUCCUUCCUAAACCCACAUCAAAAACUCAACCAGAUGUUUAAUGAAGUACCAAUAAAUCAGCACGUUUUUCGGGGCACUUUUAAUCGUGUUGAGCACAUUUCCAGUAAUGAAAGAGAUGAUCUGCAUAAUUUUGACCAAAAUGGAUUUCCUUUUACUUGUAUAAACUCUUCUGGCUACAGCCUAACUCAGGACAUACGGUAGGUGAGUGGGAAUCACCCCUGCUCGCUGUCAUGCUCCGGUCAGGAUCAAUAUGGACUUGAGACAAACAUUUGACCCACUGCACCUGAGAGCAGCAGCGUAGGAAUGAGAGCAACAUCCACUGAAAGAUUCCUUGAGCAUUGAGUCAGAGAAAAAAAGAAACUCCUUGGCUUGGGCACUGGUGAUGAUGAUGAUGAUGAUGAUGCAGCCUUAUGCUUUGAUGCUGAACAGACACUGUAAAUUUCUGAGUGUACACAGAGAAUGUUAAGAGAUAUGCUGUUUACAUUGAGUUGGUAACAUGACACAUUCUUUAUGUUUUGCUGUAUUUUCAAAAAUUAGUUUCAUGUGUGAUGCCAGUAUCACAUCAUAUGGUGAAUCAUUCCUUUUCAAACAAAUCACAGAGGGAAAAAAAAUCUGUCUGUCUGUUUUUCGUUCAACCUGUCUGUCUGUAUGUCUGUCCGGCGUCCGUCUAUCUAUCAAUCUCCGCAGGCUAACAGAAGGAAGUAGGCCUAUAUUACUAGUAGAAUGCUUCCAUCUUGUGGUUAACUCGAAUAACUCCUAAAAAUCUCGUCCUCUUACUCGUUCUUUUAGCUAAUAAAAAAGUGGCCAGCUUUCUGAAAUGAAAACCGGGGUCAUUUCUUAGUUCAUUGGUCAAAAAAAAAGAAAGAAAAAAAAAAACUAGGCCUAAUUU